AUGCCUGAACUGGAGUUCUUCCUCAAGAAACUGAAGAAUGCCUUACAGCUUCCAGCACCAACUGCACAGGCACCAUUGGCCGAGCUUCUAUCUCUGGACCCUCAGAAACACCAUAUACCGAGACUGCAAGCCGAGCUCCAGAAUGUUACCAGCGAGAAGCUGUCAGAUGAUAUCGAUGCGCUAAAGCUGUUUGAUAACGGUUGGCCUGGCCUUGAGCAGGCCGUGUUGACAUAUCUGGUAUUCGUGCGAGAUUUCAAUCCAUGGUCGACAUUAGAUUCCAUAGAUCUCAUGAUCAAGUACUUUUCUGAUCUGGCAGUUGCUAUGGGGAACAUUGAAUUCAGCAAAUACUUGCUGUCCACUCUGGCCCAAACCACAGCCAUGAUAGUGCCUCUUACCAAGACGGUGGAUCUCAAGCUGAUGUUGGUGAAUAAGCGAAAAAUGGAUUUCCCAAGACUCUCGCACGUGUCUGGGAUUCUUUUGAAGGCUAUGAAUAACUUGAGAGCAGAUACAGAUAUUGCAUUGCCUAGUCAUCGGGAUAAACAGACGUUGCUGAUACUGCUGAGUGCCAAACUGUGCUCCACUUAUUUCUUCAUCGGAAGCCCAAUGCUUUGCAAUAAUAUUUUCUCGAACAUCAGUACGCUGAAACUGAACUCCUCAUAUAUUCCGAGAGCUCAACUCCUCAGAUACCGCUUUCUGGUGGGGAAGUACCAUUUUACUCAGAGCAGCAUGCUCAACGCGUUUCACCAUUUCAGCUGGUGUUUGGAAAAUUGUCACACCAACGCUUCUCCUGCCAUUUUUGUUACUUUACUGAAAUACCUAAUACCGUGCGGAAUUCUGGUAGGCCGCAUUUUAAACAUGGAGUUUCUCAAGAAACUGAACCAGUUCAAGUUGAACGGACUGGGCCACGAACUGAUUGUGUUAUACGAGCCUCUCAUCAGGCAUUUCAGAAAUGGAGACAUCUACAACUUCACGAUUUUGCUCAAGAAAAAUGAAUCCUUUUUCAGGAAGACGGGAAUUUUGCUUCCAUUGAUUCAACGGUCGAGAAUACUGCUUUUGAGAAAUCUCACUCUUAAGGUGUACAGAUUGAACCCUGGAAAGACCAUAGCAAUGGCAAAGAUAAAUGUCGCCUUGAAUCUCUCGCUUCAGCCAGAGCAAGCCGCUCGCAAUUUCGGUGCCGGUUACUCGUAUUACAUGUACGAUGCAGACGGUGGGGUUGACGACUCGUUCGUUGAGAAUGUGCUAGUCGCAUUGACGGACCAGAAUUUGGUAAAGGGAAAGGUCGCGCCUGUGUCGAAGUCAGUAGUUGUGGCCAAGACAGACACCUUCCCGAAUGUAUACGAGUUGUACAAGGUCAAGUAUCCGUUGGAUCCGAAAGACGGGUGGUUGGACUCGAAAUAG